UUAUUUCGGGAAAAUCCCUAAAAAAACCAAUAAAAAGAGGGGGAAAAAAACACGGGACGGAGGGAAGGAAGAAACCGAAGAAAAGGGAAGAAGGAAGGAGGAGAGGUGAAUCGAUAGGUUCUCUUUUUCGAAUCUUCUGCGAGUUAAGGAAGAUCAUAAGCUUUCCUGAAGGAAUCUGAAUAUUUAUCGCCGGAGAUGAGAAGCGUCGGCGUGGAGAUGUCGUCAUCUUCGUCGGGGCUGAUGUCAUCGGCGGCGGAGGUUGUGGCGCUUAAUCUGAAGGACGCUUCGAAUUGGUGGUCGGACGUUAACGAGUCCCCGGUGUGGCAGGAUCGUAUCUUCCACGUCCUCGCUGUGCUUUACGGAAUCGUCUCCGUCGUUGCCCUGAUUCAACUGGUGAGAAUACAGCUGAGAGUUCCAGAAUACGGGUGGACGACUCAGAAAGUCUUCCACUUUCUCAAUUUCUUGGUGAACGGAGUUCGAGCCGUGGUUUUUGUCUUCAGACGGGACGUACAGUAUCUGCAUCCAGAGAUUCUGCAACAUAUUUUGCUAGAUAUUCCAAGUCUCGCUUUUUACACGACCUAUGCACUUCUGGUCCUCUUCUGGGCAGAAAUUUACUAUCAGGCGCGUGCAGUAUCCACUGAUGGGCUGAGGCCAAGUUUCUUCACAAUUAAUGCAGUUGUAUAUGUUGUUCAGAUUGCUCUUUGGUUGAUAAUGUGGUGGAAGCCUGUCCCUGUUAUGGUGAUCCUGUCUAAGAUGUUCUUUGCAGGUGUUUCGUUGUUUGCCUCCCUGGGAUUUUUACUGUAUGGAGGAAGGCUUUUCCUAAUGCUACAACGUUUUCCUGUAGAAUCUAAAGGGAGGCGCAAAAAGUUGCAGGAGGUUGGUUAUGUGACGACCAUAUGUUCCACGUGUUUCCUCAUCAGAUGCAUCAUGAUGUGCUUUGAUGCUUUCGACGGUGAUGCGGACCUUGAUGUGUUGGAUCACCCUAUCCUUAACUUCAUAUAUUAUCUGUUGGUCGAGAUAUUACCUUCCUCACUGGUCCUCUUUAUCUUGAGAAAGCUACCACCAAAGCGGGGAAUCACGCAGUACCAUCAGAUCCGCUGAGCGUAAAGGCGGGGUUCUUUUUGAAAAUGGAUAUGUGCUGUCUAUGUAUCCAUUGAAGGAGCAACUGAGAUCAAAAGUUUUGAUCUGCCUUUUGGUUGAUGCGGGGAAACCAAUCCGUGUAGAUUCUAAAACCAGGCGGUUGUUGUUGCUGUUCCUUUCUUCCCUCAAAACGUAGAUAACAGCGUUGGAAAAAAAUAAUGCUGAAGCAGAGAGAAACAUGUAAAGAGUUGAAACUAAAUGAAUUGUUGUUAGUGUCGUUUGUUUCUUCUAUGAAGGAGGGAAUAUUAUUCUGACUGUUCCAUAAUCUUCUCAUGAUAUGUAUAUGUUAAUUGUUAAACUUAUAAGGUGGUUUAUGUGAA